CUCGCGCGCGCGCGCAUUCUUUCGCCUCUGUCAGUGCUAGGGGAACGUCGUCGCGACGCAAGGACGAACCGUGGGCAGCAGUGCACCUCGUCGCCGUAAGCUCGGCCUGGUCGCACGGACAACGCCUAAGGACACUGUGAGAAAGAGAGUGAGAAAGGGCAACGUGAGUUCGAGCGUCGGAAAAGAAACGCAAAGUGGCCGCCCCCGCGCGAGACGGAGAACGUCGCCUAGCAGUCGUAGCGCCGCAGCCAGCCGCCAUGCCGUUCUUCUGCCAGCUCUGACUGCGCGCGCGCCUCUCGUGCCCCGAGACCUCGCCGUCGUCGUCGCGCUCGUUCGAGACUAGCCGAGCAGCAGGAGGAGGAGGACAGGGGAUCAGACGACGAAGAGGUAGAGUGUGCAGCUGGCCAUGGGUAAGCCCGUGCCAGUGGAGGACCUGGUGAUACCGCCGCAGGACGGCCGGAUAUGCGGCACCAUCUGCAUCUGCCAGAUGACGGCGGUGCUGUCCUCGGUGGCGCUCGUCUACCUCACGGUCGCCAUCUACAUGCCCAGCACCAGGGCGUUCCAGUCGGGUAUCAGCGAGGUACCGGCCAUGUGCACCACCAUCCGAGCCGCCAACGCCGACAACUGCGAGUGGGGCAGCUGCGGCGAGUGGUGCCUUUCCAAGACCUCCGGGCCCUGCGUGCAGAUCCACGUGAACCUGCGCAGGAACGGCUCGUCCAUUCUCCUGGCCAACUGCACCAACACGACCAACAAGACCUGCUACGGCAUCGACCAGGAGAACGCCAAGAAGUCCAAGUGCAUCGCCGACGAGUGCCGCAACCUCACGGGCACCUUCAACUGCACCAUGGGCGUCUGCAUCAACAUCACCGACGCCUUCGAGUGCAUGUUCCACGACACGGAUACGCCCCUCAAGUGUUCGGGCAGGCGCGGCAAGAUCACCUGCAUCGACAUAGACGGCUUGUUCAAUUGUAAUCGAGGGACUUGCGCGAAAAUUCGAACGCCUUAUAACUGUGACCGCAGGUGCGUCGACAUUCCCACCCGCAACAAAAACGUCAUCCUGCUGAGCGGCGACAAGGUGUACCUGAGCUCCUGCGAGAGCGCCAUCGACAUGGAGACCGAGAAGGAGAUCUGGAACGAGAACCGGGGCGACGUCAUGAUGGCCUCCUGCUACGGCAUCUACAACACCAGUCUGGGCGUCGAGGCCGUCGACUGCAUCAACGGCUCGGUCCUCGAGAAGGACAUGCUGACCGACCUGACGAACUUCACCUACCUCUCGUACCUCAACAUCUUUGCUACUAAGCCGCUCGACGAGACGCGCAAGGUCACGCCGCCCGAGAUGGACCUGAUCAUCGCGAACGAGAGCCGACUCCUGAUCAACCUCGAGGGCUGCGUCAACACCCUGCGCGACGAAUGCAAGUUCUUCCUCAUGGAGUACGGGAAGGACGGCUCGGAUCACAACGCCAGGGCGCGCUUUCCCUGCUACUACGCCGAGGGCAAGACCAGCAUCGUCGUCUCGCGCUUCGAUCUCCAGUCCACCUACAAGGAGUUCAUCGUCUCGCUGGUCCUGCCCAGCAUCCUCUUCGUCGUCAGCUGUCUGACCCUCAUCCUCUGUCAGCGGACCGUCGUCGUGGGCGACGACGCCAAGAUGAGGUUCAAGGGCACACCCGGGGCCGCACUCGCGGUCCUCGCCCUCGAGAAGAGCGCCUCCGGCAACCUGGCCGACGCCGGCGGAGGGGACAAUGUUAUGGCGCUCUGAGAAGAGUCACGCAUUCCCCUCCUGCAGGCGUCCGGCUAAAGGGUCGAUAUUCUCUUUUCGCGGACACUAACAAGGUGUGGGGAGGGGGGGAACGCGUGGUUCAAAUUCUUCUUAUCUCAUCGACACAUCAAGCAAAGCAACAAAAUAAUAAGCCGCAACCAAAAAUCACACAGCGAUAUCAAGCAAACGAGAUUCAAAGUUAAACAAAAAAAAAAAAAAGCGCGCGCGCGAUAAAGCAAUGCUGAAAAAC